AUGCAUUCGAAAAUACUCCUGCCCGCGUUCUACGCGGUUCUUGUCUACGGAUCGAGUAACCAAAAUUCGGACUACACUCUCCACAUCAACACUAAAACACCAGACUCCGCUGUCUCCGUGCCCGCAGACUUCUUCAGUUUUGGAUUCGAAACUGCUUUCUUAAAUCAUUUCUGCAACGACUUCUCACAGAACCUAGUCAACUCAGUUGGUUCACGUAUGAGUAAACCCAUGAUCCUUCGUGUCGGAGGAACUUCGGGUGACCUAGUUCGCUUCAACAAAAGCCAAACGGAGCCUACACACUGCGAAGGCCCAUUCCAGUGUUCGCAUUCAAGCAAGAAUACCUACACCCUGGGACCGAGUUACUUUGAUUCUUUCAAAUGGUUCAGCAAAACGCAGAUGACUUUCCAAGCUCCUAUUUAUCCCAAAGCACAACCCGGCAAUUGGACCAUUGCGUCGAUGGACUACGUGCGCAAUGCGGCCAAAGCACUCGGUCAGGAUCGGAUUGCUGGGAUUGCGCUGGGUAAUGAACCGGAUUAUUACAAGUAUGAUAUGAAAGAUUACAUAUCUCGUGCAUUGGGGUUGGAGGACAAAAUCAUCAAGGAGCUCGGGCUCGAAGGUGCGGAGAAGAGUAUCUUUGAACUGGGCGAUAUUCCGAACUCUGUAAUCAAGAAGGGUAGUAACUGGGGACUGACAGACAUUCUUAAAGAUGGUAUAAACAAGAAUGGGUUUGGUAAAUAUGCAGCUCAGCACUUCUAUCAGAUUGACGGACAGGAUGACCCGAGCCCAGACCAAAGGCAGGCGCUCCUCAUGAACCACACAGCCAUCACAUCUCGAUUCCCCCCUAUCGACAAAAGCAUCAAAUACAUCAACGAUAACGAGAACAACCUUGCCUACAUCCUAUCAGAAACCGGCUCAGCCAUCGGUGCCCAGCCCGUAAAUUUCUCUGCGUCCUUCGGCGCCGCCCUCUGGGCAGUGGAUUUCCACCUCCUUGCCAUGACUCGCGGGGUAAAACGCAUUUCGAACACCAUGCGACCCGAAGCUACACAUUCAUACUGGAUACCGGAUAACUCUGGAGGGAGCAAGACGAAAGGCCCUGUCGUACAUGGCAUUUUUGCUUCUGCGCCGUUUAUUGCUGAUUUUGUUGGUAACGGGUCGGUGGGGAAAGUGGUUGAGAUCGACGUUCCUGGGAAACCAGACUUGUUGAGUGCUUAUGCUAUGUAUAACCAGGAGGCCAAGGUGAUAGAACGCCUUGCUUUGGUGAACCUGAAAGAGUGGUACCAAGGCUUGGGUCCUAAAAGGGGGAAUGCUACGGUUAGCCUUGAUGUUGGUGAUGGUGUUCAUACUGCGACGAUCAGGCGUUUACAUGCGCAGAAUGGGGCUGCAGCGAUGGGACUGGAUCUCGGUGACGCUGACGAUAAUGUAACAUGGGCCGGAGAACAAUGGACUUAUACCGUUGAUCGGGGCUUGGGACAUAUUCCUACUGGCCAUGUUAUCCAGGAGACUGUGAAGGCCGAGAAUGGUCAGGUGGCAGUCGUUGUACCAGACAGCGAAGCCAUUAUUGUUAUUUUUAACUAG